AUGUCUUCACCGCCACCUAUUCCACCACCCUCACCUCCCCCGAACCCUGCUCCAUCACCCUCACCAAACCCACCUCCACCACCCCCACCUCCUCCGAACCCACCACCACCACCAGCACCGAGCCCACCACCAAGCCCAGCCCCAGCCCCGGCCCCAAACCCACCACCAGCACCAAAACCACCUCCGACACCACCGCCUCCUCCUCCACCGAACCCACCUCCAGCUCCACCACCAAGCCCACCUCCUAGCCCUGCUCCACCUCCUAGCCCUGCUCCACCUCCUGCUCCCCCACCGAACCCACCUCCGGCUCCACCACCGAGUCCACCUCCACCUCCAGCUCCACCACCCCCACCGAACCCACCUCCGGCUCCACCACCGAGUCCACCUCCACCUCCAGCUCCACCACCAAGACCUCCUCCGGCUCCACCACCGAGACCUCCUCCAGCUCCACCACCGAGACCUCCUCCGCUCCACCACCGAGACCUCCUCCAGGUCGACCACCGAGACCUCCUCCGGCUCCACCACCGAGACCUCCUCCGGCUCCACCACCGAGCCCGCCACCACCUCCAGCUCCUCCACCAAGCCCACCGCCACCACCAAGCCCACCUCCAGCUCCUCCACCAAGCCCACCUCUCUUUUUUCCUAUUCCUUUAUGGUGACCUAAGCCACCUCCACCACCGAGGCCACCUCCAGCGCCACCACCCGCUCCACCGCCGAGCCCACCUCCACCACCUAAUCCUCCACCUGCACCACGUCCGAGCCCACCUCCACCACCAAGCCCGCCACCUGCACCACCACCAAGCCCUCCACCUGCACCACCACCAAGCCCUCCACCUGCACCACCACCAAGCCCUCCACCUGCACCACCACCAGCACCUCCUCCAAGUCCACCUCCACUGCCUACUCCCCCGCCAAAACCCCCACCAGCACCUCCACCAAGACCACCACCACCGCCUGCACCACCACCAAAACCUCCCCCAGCUCCUCCUCCUAGGCCACCACCACCACCAGCACCUCCUCCAAAACCCCCGCCGGCGCCACCUCCAAGCCCUCCACCCCCACCAAAACCUCCUCCUAGUCCUCCACCAUGAUGCUUAA